AUGACGUCAGUGACCCACAUCCUCCAGGAUCAAGGCCCCUUACUUGAGAUCCUUCUCCUGAUCAGGAGUUAUAACUUGUAUCUGCAAACAGAAUACGGGAAAGGCCUGGCCGGGACUCCCAGGUGUGUCCCCGGCCCCGCCUGCGCCGGGCUGGGCCAGCCCCUGGGCGGCGCCAGGGCAGUCGGGGAGGAGCGCGGGCGGGGAGCGCGCGGAGGCGGGCGCUGCGCUGGAGGGUCGCUGCCGCGGAACGCAGGCCGGUGCGCGCGGCCGAGCGGGCGGCGGCUGCGGCCACGGUGGUGGUGGGGAGGGCUCGGCUGCAGGCAGGCUCGGGGCUCCCGGGCCGGCGGGGUCCGCCGGCUCCAAUUGCGUCCGCUUGGUGGCGGGAGGAGGGAGCGGUGCAGACAAAGAGCGGCAUCUGGUGGGCGCAGCUCGGCCGCAGCCCCGGGACUUGCGCUGCUGCCCUCCGGCCUCGGCGUGCACUGUGCAGCGAGAUCCCACAAGUUCUACUCCUAUAGUGUCAUCCCAGCUGGCUUAAGAGCUUGGAGGAUCACUGUAGCUCUGUCACAUUUAAGGUGUCCUCAGACAGCAGAAAACAUCAUCUUUUUGAAGAGUGCUACAAUUUUUCCAGUCACCUCUUAUAACUGCAUGCCAAAGGGAGCAGUGACUUUUGAUGAUGUGCAAGUGAACUUCACUGAGGAAGAGUGGGAAUCGUUGGAUCCAUCCCAGAAGAAUCUCUACAAAAAUGUGAUGUUGGAGACCUUCCUGAACCUCAACGCUCUAGGCUCUAAUUGGGAAGACCAUGAUAUUGAAGAACAUUUUGAAAAUUCUAGAAGAUUUAAAAGUCAUCACAAUUCUAGUUCUGACAAGCCUGUGAGUAGAGGGAAGAAUACCACUUCUGCUCAAAGGGACCCCGACAGAGCACUCAGUUCGCAAGAACUGAGCAGCAGCCUGGGACAUGAUCCUUUUAUUCUCUGCCUGCAUCCAGAACUGAUCCUAUGCCACAGUGCUCCACAUCCAAAUUCUGUGUGGAGAGAGUUGAUCUCCCAGAAAUUCCAUCACACCUCAUCUCCUCUGGCAGCCAGGAUCCUGGAGCCGGAACGACAGGGUGGGAGGAAUGGUUGGGCCCACUGA